UCUCCGUUCAGCCGGUGUGACUCUCAGGACAGGGACAGCAGGGUUUCUCCAGUAACGUCCACACACCCUACAGGACGUUUUACACAAGUAGAAAGAACAGCCGCUGAAGUUAAACUAACAGUCUUUGUACGCCAUGUCGCUGUUUCUGGAGGACCCUUCUCACCUCUCUAAAUCCAGACUGAAGUCGGAUCUAGUUGCCCACAAUGUUGCGCUGCCACCUGCCAAGAGCAAAAGGGAGGUUUAUGUGGCGUUGCACUUAAGACACAUUAAUCAGAAAAACGCAGCGGAUUUUUCCAGCGACGAGGAGGAUGAAGUACAAGUUGUGGCAGACAAGGAGGAGGAUGCAGAGAUGCCCGACCCGAGAGGUUUGACUGAUGAUGACCUCAAAGCCGCACUGCUCGAACUCGGGGUCAAAGCUGGGCCCAUAGUCGCCUCCACCAGAGCCUUGUAUGAGAAGAAGCUCAGGAAACUGCUCCAGUCUGAUGGACAUGUCUGUCAGAAUGGAGUACAGCAAGGCGUACUGUACUCUGAUAGUGAAGAGGAGGAUGACAAUAGGGAACAAGAGGACGAAGAGUCAGGUUCCGAAGGAGCAAAAGAAGAAACGGAAGAAAAGUCAGUCCAGGGACAACAAGGGAGCAACCAGGUAGAGUUGUGUUUUCAGAAUGGUGGUUUUGUUUACCCGCAGUGCUUUUUACCCCAACCAAGGCUGCAUGCUCACACUUCUAGAAACAUGGAACUGAAUCCCAAGUGGAAUUCAGGGAAUGCGAUAAAAUCAGUGGAGCGGAGUCGGCCUAGCUGCUCACAGAUUGCCGUAGGAAUUAGUAGAGCAUCGUCUGUAGAUCAACGCUCGGGAUUAGGAUCAGGGGUUCUAUCUGGAUCAGUUAUGCCCAAUGGUGGCUCAACUAUUUCCUCUCGGACCUUCAGCAUCACUGAAAUGGUUGAGGAGAUGGAGAGUUCGAGGUCACACUCCAUGAGCAUAGACACUGAGAGAGAUUUGAAUGGGUGCAAUGUGCAGGCGCAUUGGUCGCGGUCCAACGGGCUGGACAUACCAACACCAAACAAGGACACCAUGAAGAACCAGUCCCUGUACUACACUCCCAAGGCAUCCACUUAUGAUUGGGAAAUCAAGCUUUCUCAGGAGCCCGUGAAAGAUACUUUCAGGGACAUGCUUCCAAACACUAACUGCACACCCACAGGGAUCUAUGCCACUCGUCGGAGACCCAUCAAGGGUGCAGCAGGGAGACCUGUCCAUUACACGCACCCAGACACUCCUGCCAGUCCCACGACCCUGGAGAGACAAGAGGUCGAGCGCCGCCUUGUGCCCGUCCAGAUACAGAUUUUGGUCUUCAUCAUUGUGGUGUGCCUCUUGUACCUCAUUUAUGUUUGUGUUGAGGACAACUCAUUUGGUACAUUUGUGGGCUUACUGGACGGACUUAACCAGGGGUUAGAUAGUGAGAAGGAGCUUUCACUUCAGGCUGAGACACAGGACGCACCAGCGCUCUCUGGACUGGAGUAACUCUGGGUUCUUUAAACCUCCAUAUUGACUUACAGCUGUGAGGGGUUUUUUUUUGUCGAUGCAAGCCAUAAUCACCCUGUCCUGGGAUAUCUUCAUGGAGCACAUAUUGCUUUACUACUGACUGAGUGUGUGUUUAUGGGAGCAAACCUCAAAGUCUAGUUUUACAAAUUUGCAUGUUAUGCUUAUGGGUGUUUCAUCCAAAUGCUCUCGUCUUGCAUUGUUGAAACAAUUUCUAAAACACAAAAAUUAAGCUGAUACUUUAAAAGAUAUAUCUCAAGUGUAUAAACAAUAAUGAUAAUGCUGUAUGUCUUUUAUAUAUCCUCACCAAUCUGUGAGAUUGGUUGUCUUUUCAAUUAAUUAAUACCACU